AUGGGCAUAAUUAAAAAUAAAAAUAAAAUCAGCGCGUGUGUUUUUGUCUCCGCCUCUCUCUGUUUUAUCUCUGACUCUUUGCCCCAACGCAGCCAUCUCCGUCGCAAAAAACAGCGGCAAACCUCCGAUCCGGAUUCGGCUCAAGUUUACAUCGACAAACAAAUUUGUGAAAGUGAGAGAGGCAGUCGUGAGAAUCGCGGAUCCAACACGAAAGCUCGGAGGAUUCGUGGUGGCAAUUUCUGUUUACAGGUUAAUAAUUCAGUGACUAUGGAAUUUAGCGACCAAUCUCUUCAAGAUUCUUCUCAAGUACAGGCCAGAGGACAAAGCUGCAAAAAAGGAUCGCAUUUCGAAGAAGGCUCCAGCUGAGACCGAAGGAAAGCCUUCUGGAUCCAAGAAGCCCGUUGUUGUCAAGUAUGGACUCAACCACGUAACUUACCUCAUCGAGCAGAACAAAGCACAGCUUGUGUGAUAUUUCUGAUAUAAAUAUGGUUUUUUUUUUUUUCUGAUAUAAAUAUGGUUAAGAGAGAUGGUCUUAGGCAGGACAAAAAACCAUGGUUAUCUAAAGCCAUGGGAUAUAUUUUAAGUAACUUCAGUCUUCGUCAGGACUUUUGUAGUUUCGGUUAACUAAAUCACUGUGUGUUUGCUUUA